CCUUCUAAUCCGACGCCGCCCCUCCACCCCGGGCCUAACCAAGCUUACUCAAACUCGGCCCGCUGUGCCUUUGACUUCAAUUGGAGCCGUAAGGAGCUCCUCCCAGAGGAGUCGGCUGUACGGAGUAGGGCAUAUCCCUCGCCUCCUAUGUCCGGCUCUCCGCCCUUGCCUCUGAGAUCGGCUCAUGAGGCUGGUAGUCGAGGCGAGGCUCCGAAUUUCUACGCUACUCCAAGGCUUAUAGAUGGCCUUCGUGGAGGUCCGGCACAGCCAUCACCCACAAAUAUGCGGGAACAGGCUUCAUUGAUGACGAGACCAUACCCACAAGAACCGACGACAAGGUCGCCCUAUUCCUACCCAAGGCCUGAAGAAUCGGGAAGAAUUGUCCCUUAUCCUCCUCAACAUCACCAUGUGAUGCCUCAGGGAGUUUCAUCAGCGCCAUAUCUGAACUCGGUAUCAUCGAACUCGGACGCAUAUCCUGUGCCUGAUCGAUCACAGGCAGCCGAAUCACAGCCAUUUACGUCUCCGAAAUCUCAGAGAAAGACAAAAGGCCACGUUGCCUCUGCUUGCGUACCUUGCAAGAAAGCUCAUCUUCGAUGCGAUGCACAACGGCCCUGUUCUCGAUGUCUUGGUAAUGGGAAAGAGGAGGCUUGUGUCGACGUUCAGCAUAAGAAGAGAGGUCGACCACGAUUGCGAGACGAAAGAGAUGCCAGAUUCGAUCCCACAAGAUACUCUCAUCCGCAGGAUGCGGCUCUCAGGAGGCCGUUAAGUAUAUACCCCUCGGCGAUGGCGGGACUUUCGCCGUAUGAAGACUCUCUCCGACGAAAUCAAUCCUAUCGGGCUCUCGAACACCCGACUGAUGCCUCACGCGAAUAUCAAGAGAGAUCUAUGGCUCCCGACCCAAAUCUCUACAAUCCUUCUUAUCCGGGUACACCUCACGCUAUGGAACCUUUGGCGUACCUGAGCAUGGAAUUUGAUAUUGUCAAGGCAUCGCCAAUGUUCAUGGACAUAGUUCAUGCAUCGAGCCCAUUGGGAAAUAAACUGAGCGAUAUCGUUGCGCCACAUCAAGCGAAUUUCCUUACUAGCCUUCAAAAUCAACUUUUUGAAGAACAACGAUUACACGAGCCGAAUUACCUACCUCCUAUGUUGGGCAGGCUAGAUCUGGCCAUCAAGGACUUUGGAUUUACGAGCGAUGAUGUCGCAAGAUUCCGACUUAAUCAUGUCGAGUAUUUUAGUUUCGUUGGAUAUGAUGGUUACACCAGGACAUUCCCGCUUCGUUUUGGGCUUGCAAAAGAGGGUUCGUUUUACUUCGUGGUGUUCUUGUUGAGUCUUCAACAACCUCAUCCACAGUUACCGCCGCCGCUGCCAUCACAACAUCAUACGCCACAUCAACAUCAUCAACAAUAUCCUCAUCAUCCACCGCAGAGACAGCACUCUCAACAUUCACAGCAUGGUCAGCAUGUGCAGCAUCCCCCAUACACGCAGCACCCGCAACAUUCACAACAUACACGGGAACCCAGCUCUAUUCGGUCGCCACAAAAUUCGGCUCCUUCGAACACUGGUACCAACUCAGGGGUCCCAGCAUAUACACACUCCCAGUACUCUGGUUCGAGUUAUCAGACAUCUCAAAGUGAUCAUGUUCCGACUAGUCGCCCCGCAACUCAGCCCACAUAUCAAUUACCUCCUAUUCGGGCACAGCCAGAUCAUAGACCCUCCUCUCGAGAAGUCAGUUGGCCCAAUGGCGAACGACCGAGACGAGUUGAUAUUGGCGGCUUGCUAGAUCAGCCCAGUGAU